AUGCAAAAAUCAUCAGUUGCCAAAUUUUGUGUUGGCAUGGUCACUUCUCCAGUACAAAAAGCCGAAUUUAUUGCUCAAGCCUUGCUGAAGGAUAAGCUCGUAGCCUGUGUAAAUAUUGUUCCACAGGUGAAGAGUAUGUAUUGGUGGGAAGAUAAAAUUUGUACCGAUGAAGAGGCAUUGUUAAUUUUGAAAACUCAGGUUGAUCUGAAAUCACAAGUUGUGGAUUGUGUAAAAAAGAAUCAUGAAUAUAAAGUGCCAGAGGUGAUUUUUAUGGAUAUUAUGGAUGGGAAUGAAGAUUAUUUGGAUUGGAUUAGAAAAUCAACAAUUAUCGGAAAGAAGUUGGAAAUACAAAAUUCAUCUACAAAUGAAAAUACUAUAAUUGAUAAACCUGCUGCUGUAUCUUCCACGUUUAAAUGUACUAAAUGCCAGAGCACUCAGUGUACUUAUUACCAAUUGCAAACUAGAUCAUCUGAUGAACCUAUGACAACUUUUAUUACUUGCCUAAAUUGUGGAAAUAGAUGGAAACAAUAAUUUUAUUAUAAUUAAAUAAUAUUGGAAAACAACAAUUUAACAGGAUGUAACAAAAUUGGCUAGGUUAAAUUUCUUUGAAAUCUUGCCAAUCUUGAUCUUCACUUUCAGUAACGAAUUGAUAAAAGAUUCUUUUGCCAA